UUGGAAAAUUUAAAUGAUGCAACAGAUGAUAUAAAUAAACUUGAAACUGAAUUAGAUGAAGCUCAUACUGCUUUUAGACAAUUAUUAUCUGAAACCACUAAAAGAUUAAAAGAUAUAUUAAAUAAGGUAGGAAAUAGUUAUGUUGAAAAAGCAAGAUGUUAUUAUGAAGCACUUGAAGUAGCACGUCAAGCUCAGAUAAAAUGUCAACAACAAGCUCAACUAUUUCAAAGAGCAAGUGAAAUUCAUGCAGCAGCAAAAGAAACUGUAGCAUUAGCUGAAAGUAGAUUUAUGUCACAUCAACAUGAAUGGAAUUUUGAUCAAGCUUGGCAGGAUAUGCUAAAUCAUGCAACUCUUAAAGUUAUGGAUGCUGAAAAUCAAAAAGCAGAAUGUGGUAGAGAACAUUAUAGGAGAGCAGUAUUAUUUAAUGAUGCUGAGAAAAAACUACUACAAUUAGAAGAAAAACAUCAUCGUUCCAUAAUAAAAGCACGACCAUAUUUUGAAGUUAAAGCACAAUGCGAUCAGAUGUUAGCAACUCAAAAAGAACGAGUUGAAUGUUUACAAAAAGCAAUACAAGAUGCAAAAUCUAAUUAUGCCACAAGUCUCCGUAGAUUAGAAGAAAUUAGUAAUCAAAUACAUCAACAGCGUCAGGAUUAUGAUUUUAUAGCUAAUGGACCGCGAGAACCAGGUGUUGGUGCAGAAUUAGUUAGUCCGCAAAAGAUUUCAAAUUAUGAUAUAGAAUUUAAUCAAUCAAAUAGCAAUAGAAUAAAGGAUAUUAUGAAUAAUCAAAUGAAGUAUAAUAGAAUACAAGAUUAUGAUAAUUCUUGUCAAUUACAAGAAGAUAUAGAAUAUCUUGGAAAAAGAUCAGUUGAUGGAAGUGAAGCAAUAUCUUCUCAAUGGGAAUUAGAACUAGAAGCUAAUUUAGAAAAUUUGAAUAAUUUAUCUCUUGAGAAUUCUAUAUUUGAUCAUGAUAGUAAAAAUGAAAGUACCAAUUUACAUUUUUAUAAUGAAGAGAAUUCAAAAUCACAUAAGUUUUUAGAAAAAUUAAAUUAUAAAUUUUCACAAGAUAAAGAUCUGCAACCAAAAAAUCUGUUUAAAGAUUUUAAAACUUUGAAAAAUCCAUUUGUAAAUAAAUUUUUAAUGACAUAUUUUGAAGAACCAAGUAAGGAUAUGUUAAAUGAUUCAAAAUUAAAUAAACAUAAAACUAAUAUAAAAGAUAGUAAAUCAAAAUCGUUAAAUAAUAGUCCUAUGAAAAUAAAUAUAUUUAAUUUAAGCUCAAAAUUCAUGGAAAAGAACAUACAUCAGAGAAUAGCAAAAUAUGUGCCAAAUAAUGUUUUCAAUUUUGGUUUUAGUAAUAAUAAAUCUCAAAGUAAUAGCGAUCUUAAUCUAUCUUCGAAUCUUAAUACUAGUUUUAUAGAAAAAUAUCAAAGUUUUGAUAAUAUUAUAGAUGAUAAGACUGAGAAUUUCAAAGAUAAUGUUACAAAUUUAAAAUAUAUACAAUCGUUUAUAGUAAAAGAAGUCAAUGAUAAUGGCCUAAAUGUUGCAACAAAAUUGCAAAAUGCACAAUUAAUCAAUUCUAAUACCGUAAAUUUACAAUUAAAAAGAGACAUGAUAUCAAAAAAAAAAUGGUUUAGAUCUAAUUCUAUACAAUUCUUACCUUCUAACAUUAAUUCAUCACCAAUAAAAUCAGCUGUAUAUUUACCAAAUGAACAAUCUUCAAAUAAAAAUUCAUCUUAUUCUAGUAAAUAUUCUGUUUCAAAAUUAUCAGAAAAACAAUUAAUUAUUAACGAUUUACCAUUAUUAUCACUAUUUAAAAAAGAUAAUUUAUUGGUCAAUAGUAAAAGUAUUAGUAUGAUUAAUUUAAGUGAAAAACAGAAUUUUAUAUCAUGGGAUGAUUUACAUUUAAAUAAUAUAAAAACUUUAAGUUCAGAAAUAUUACCAAAUUUAAAAGAUAUUAUCAACGAUCAAUGGGUUAUUAGCUGUGAACAUAAAAAUCAAUACAUAUAA